UAUAAUGAUGAUAUAGUAUGCCACUGAUUGGAUUUAUUGAUUCUUAUAGAUAAUGUCUGAAACAUGUUGAGACUAUUCUCGUUCUUUAUAUAGUUAUAUAUAUUAAUAUAUUUCAAAACUCCUUUUGUCAUGUUUUGUGACAUGAGUUAUAGGGAAUAAACUUGGAAACUUGGAAUCCGUUAUAGGUGCAUCCAUUAAUUCUCUCUAUUUUAGUUUUCCGAAUGAGGCUUGAUAUUAUCCUUAAAUCAUGGGGUUUGCUGACAUGUGUGGUAGUACUUUUAGUGCUCUACAUUUCUUCAAACAUCCCAUCCGGCGAUGUUCGCGACCCACAUAUUGUGAAAUCAAAGACGAAUAUAAUUGUGAAGACUAAACCAUCCGAAAAUACUGGUUUAAGCUCACGUUUCAGCCAAAAUAUUCCGAUCGACGACCCCAAGAUACCACGUUCGGAUCAGAGAAUCAAAAGCUUCAGCAAUCCGUCUAUUCCUGAAGCUCACCGCUUGGUUUUCCUAAAAGUGCAUAAAACCGGAAGUUCUACUGUUCAGAACAUAUUUUUAAGAUUCGGCUUAUCCCGGAACCUUACCUUUGUACUUGCCCAUGACAAGCACAGUCUGACUGAGUCCGGCUAUUCUAAUGUGAUAAGUUUUCAGAAUUCUCUAUCGGAGAAGAACAUUGUACCCCAUCCUACGGGGAAACAGUAUGACAUCAUGUGCUGCCAUGUCAUUUACAAUAAACGCAACUUUACACGAAUGUUACCUGCUGACAUGAAAUACAUAGGAAUAACUCGCCAGCCAAUAAAGAGGCUUGAAUCAGCAUUUCGGUUUUUUAAAUUGUUUCCAGGUGUAAAUCUUACUGACUUUGCUGCAUCACCUUUUAGAUAUGAUAAAGAGAAAAACUCGAUGGCAAAUAACAGAAUGGCUUUUGAAUUUGGGUUUCCACUUCGUUUGUUUCCAAACAGUGGCAUACAAUUAGAUGGUUUGGUUAUAAAACAAGAGGUUAAUGAUUAUCUUGACGAACUAAUGAACGAUUAUUGUUUAAUAAUGAUUAAUGAACGCUUGGAUGAAUCAGCUGUCUUGCUGAAAAGGAUACUAGGAUGGCAGCUUAAAGAUAUUUUUUACCAGAAACAAAUGGUUUCAAAAGAAGAACCAAGACGAUUUAGCUCCAAUGAUGUCGAUAAGCUCAAUGCGUUCCUUUACCUUGAUUUUGCGUUGUACGAACGAGCUGUUGAAGAAUUUAACAAGAAAGUAUUGCGUGAAGGUGAAGACUUUGUAGAGGAAGUGGCACACUUUAGGAAAAUAAACGAAAGAGUAACUAACUACUGCAAAAGCGAAUCAAUGUCUACGAUGAGUUUUGAAGCUUCACCAUGGAGCUCCUCCUUCGUGAUAUCAAAGCAUGACUGUUAUCUGUACGCAAGGAAAGAAACUCCAUUUAUUCAAGAUAUAAGAAAGAUGAUGUACGGGCAUUUGAACAACUGAAUUUUGCUUCUAGAUAAUUGUACAGUAAUUGCUAUGCGACAUUUGCUUGAUAUUGAUAUUUUCUCAUAAUAUACACAAAAGGUAUAAUGUGAUUAUCAACUCAGUUCAUGUAACAUGACAGCAUGAGCAGAUGGAAAAGAAAAAACAUAAAAAAACAACGAGGCUGUUGUAAAAAAGCAAAUAUUCAAUAUGCAAAGGUACAAAGCAAAUAAAAUCUGCUUGAUA